UUGCAAAAAAAUUUGCCUAAAUUCAAGAAAGGAAAAAAGAAGUUGCCACCAGUUCCUACUGUUGCUAGGAAGGUGGAACCAAAGAAAGUGGUCAACCCACUGUUUGAGAAAAGACCAAAGAACUUUGGUAUUGGUCAAGAUAUCCAACCCAAGAGGGAUCUAACACGUUUUGUAAAAUGGCCCCGUUACGUGAAGAUCCAAAGGCAAAGGGCUGUUCUUUAUAAACGCCUCAAAGUUCCACCACCAAUCAAUCAGUUUAGGCAGAAUCUUAGCAAAGAUUUAGCAACUCAGAUGUUUAAACUUCUGGACAAAUAUCGUCCAGAAACCAAGCAUCAGAAAAGAGCACGUUUAAGGGCUCGUGCCGAGAAACGAGCUGCAGGUAAAACAGAUACACCAACAAAACGCCCCCCUGUUGUUAGGUCUGGAGCCAAUACUGUGACCAGCCUUAUAGAACAGAAAGCAGCCCAAUUAGUUGUCAUUGCUCAUGAUGUUGAUCCCAUUGAGCUUGUGCUCUUUAUGCCUGCACUGUGUCGUAAAACUGAUGUCCCCUAUUGCAUUGUAAAAGGAAAGGCUCGUCUUGGCAGAGUUGUCAACACAAAGACCUGUUCAUGUCUCGCCAUCACCGAUGUCUACCCGGAAGACAAGUCAAAUUUGAAUAAUUUAAUCACAGCCAUCAGGACAGACUUCAACGACAGGUUUGAAGAGGUCAGUUAUUUGUUAUUGCUCUUGUUUUUUUUUGUUUUGUUUUUUCAAAUUUUUUUGCAUAUACAUAGGAUGUUAACUACUUAUGCAUGACAAAAUUGACCAAAU